AUGUCGUCCUUUGUAACGUCCGUUUAUGCCUCACCUGACACCGGCACAUUCCCAGACAACAUUAGUGGCACUCAAGACUUAUCGCCCAACGAUGAAUCUGGCGACGAAUUGACGUCGUCUCCAUUCCGAGUAGAGCCUUAUGCACCACGACCGACAACUUCCUCUCACUCCAUCCCUGAUACCCCUACACAGAAGCGCGUAGAGGGUGUCUAUGACCGUUUCCUCAUGGCGACAUCUGGUGUGAAGCGAUUAGGAAAAGGAUAUCAAUCUGACAAUGUUGGGCCGGUUCAUAAUACCAUCAGUCACGCAAAUCAUACCAAACAAAGCCACCGUGCCUUCUACUCCGUUCGGAAGCCCCUGCAAAUGCCGCCGCCUGUCGCGAGUGAAGACCAGGCGAAGGCUGUGGCAGUUGACGAAUUUGGUAUCAUAGGUUAUUCCACUGAAAGCACAGGUGUGACUGUGCUCAAGGAUGAGAACAAUGGGACGGUCGCUCUCGUGAGGAGGGCAUUCAAGGCCAUUGUGCCUGGUAAAACUGUGAACCGCAGGUUGUCUCGCAUGAACUAA